AAAUUGCUCAAGAUAAAAACAAUGGAGUUGCUUUCUAAAAUUUUUAAGAAGUUGGAAAUGAGCCGGAAAAGGGAGGAGGAAACUUUGAGGAAGUUGGACGACAACCAGAAAAGGGUGGAGGAAACUUUGAGGAAGUUGGACGACAACCAAAAGCUAAUAGAAACGUUGACGGAAGAAGUAAAAAGCUUCGCGACGAAGUUCGAGAACUGAAAACUUCCACCGUCGACGAGCCGCAGAGCCGACUAAACACUGUCCCCGUCGUCGAGCCGCAAAGCGAAUGGUUGGAACCUAUGCCAUUUAGGUCACUCUUCGAAUUGCAAGAAUUCGACGACCGCUUAAGUAUUGAUGAACAAUUGCGAGCAGAACUGAAAUUAAAGCUUGAUGGGAUUAGUGCGUCGGAUUUGCCAUCGUAUACUAGACUGGCCAUUAAGUCAGUGAUAGACGACAAUGUGGCUAAACAUCUUACUUGGCGAGGGACGCGUCAUAAACUAAGUAUCCAGUCGUUCACCAUAUGUAGCGUUAUAAAAGAGUUGGCACUGAAUAAGUUUUCGAAUGGGACAGAAGUGGAAAUUAACAGAGUAAUACAGCAACAUUUUGUUCACGCCCAAGACUGGGUUAACAAACGCGAAAAAACACUUAAAAAUUGA